GGAUUGUCAGGCAUAUAUUGAUCGUCAUGGCAAGGCACAACCUGCAAAAUCCUGUCCCAGCUUCUGCUGUGGAGAUUGCAUGCGUCGAUACUGUUGCUCUAACACGUUCUUAAAAUUUGAUGAAGAACAACAAUUUCAGUGUAAUCUGCUUGAUGAAAGCAACAUAAAUUACAUGCAUGUUUUUUCGGACCCUGAUGAUUACAUUUCUUCUGGCUCCAGUUUUGGAACCCUUAUUGCCAUUGGAGUUACUGUUUGUGCGGUGAUUAUAGUUACUAUUAUUCUGUGCCUCACCUGUUCAUGUUGCUGUUUGUAUAAAGCAUGUCGAAGACCACAACCUGUUGUGGCCACCACUACUUCCACUACAGUGGUUCACGCUCCCUAUCCCCAACAACAGGGAGUGCCACCCAACUACCCAGUAGCCCCAUAUCAAGGAUAUCAGCCUGUGGCUAUCCAGCCACAACCAGGAAUGCCAGUAGCACCAUACCCUGCACAGUAUCCUCCCCCUUACCCCAUGCAGCCAUCAGGACCCCCAGCUUAUCAUGAAACGGUGGCAGCUGGUGCUGGAGCACCUUACCCAAUCAGCCAGCCCCCUUACAACCCUGCUUAUGUGGAUCCUCAGAAGCCCACCUAUUGAAAAGAUCUUCUGCUAUGCUUCUGCAUACAAAACUUUUUAAAGUAUAAUUUGUGCCGUUUACACCGUAUAACUGUAGUAUAUUUUUUCUGGAAGACAGCAAUCUUUUGUCUAAGUAAAGUGAAAGUUAAUUCACUAUCUUUUUUUUAAAUGCUUAGAGUAUGAGGAAGGAGUAUUUUUCUUGCAGAAGUUGUUAAUUUAUACCUCAAGCAACUACAAACUGAGAUUUUGUUCUAUGUACAAUGAGAAAAGCAUGAAGGAGUACUUCAGAAAUAAGAACCACAAUAACGUUUGCUGUGCAAUAAUUUUGAAAGGAAUGGCCUAAUAUGAGCAUUAUCAAACACCCAAAGCUGUAGCAAUCUUUUGCACAGUGAAAACGUAAAAACUUAAUCUCUGAGAAACUACCUGAUAUAUGUUAUGUAUGUUCUGCCUGUUUUGAAGCUACUAUUGUUAGGUAAGCUACAAUGUGAUACAUUUCAUUUACCAUUCAAAAGGGAAUUUUCCUUUUCUGAAACACAUUUGCCUUCAGUAAGGGUAGCAAACCACAUUUAAUUGUCUUUGGACUAGUUGCAUUUUUCUGUGCUAAAUAGCAUGAGUUGAUAAUUUCCUUGUUUUCUUUCCCAAUUUUAAGGCUUAAAAACUGUGCCUUCACUGGGUGUUUUCUCAGGCCAUUUUAAUUUAUAGCUAGAAAUUAACAACAAAACCAAAUUCUCUGCCACUUAGUAGAACAAAUAGAUCAAAAGCUGAAAACCUGAGAAUUCUUCAUAAAAAUUAUUGGACAAAUAUUUGUUGUCCACGUAUUAUUGGACAAGCUUACUUAAGUCAUAUGUUGCUGAUGAGUUUGGAAGAAAAAUUACCACCUUAAUUAUAUGUUAAGCAGAAGUACCUGCCAGUGUUCAGUCCUGCCUCAUUGUAGGGAAGGGAUUUAUUUUACAGGAGAGAUGGGAUGUCAGAAAUAGAUCGGGGUUUUUAAAUGCUUAGGGUUUGUUGCUGUCUUGUCUCUGGUGGAAACUGUAGAUGGCAGGAACCUAGAAAUAAUAGAUCUUUAUAAACUCAGUCUACACUUGACAGUAAUAUGCAGGGGGGGUUAAGAAAUCCCAGCCCAACACACAGUAGAGAUUCAGCCUCCCUUUUGUCUUCAGCAUUCCCAUAAAGCUGAGCCAAGAACGAGAGUCAGGGAAAGUAAGAGUGGUAGGAUUUGGUCACAGCGAGGUAAUGUAUUUUUAAGAUGGUAGUGCUUGCAGUCAUGAAAUGUCUUGAGACAUCCUUGUGACUGUUACUGGUGUUUGCAAGGCUUUUCACUCUAUACACCUUGUAUUGAUCAAAGGAAUCAUGAUUUUUUUUUUUUAGUGUCCUCUACAAUUCUCUUUUCUAACAUUGAAAUACAAUUUGUUAUUCCUGAGUAGAGCUAUCUAGUCUGUUGUAUGUAUCACUGUGACAUAAUUAGUGAAAUAAUUUUGACAUAUCUCAUACACUGAUAGUACUUUUUUAGAGAGGCCAUUAAGCCAUUUGUCCUGUGUUUCUACAUUUGGGGUAUAUUACUGUUCGAAAAAACAUUGAUGGUGGCAUUGGUUUACCUCAUAUGAUGGAUGGAAACUGCUGCUGUCAAAGACAGCCUUAUUUCUCUUCCUGAUUUUUUAGUCUAUUUCUGGGUUAUUCCUAUUCUUUUUUUCAAGAAAGUCUUCAGGGCAUUUCAGAAGAAACUUGUAGAAAGUUUUUAGCACUGGGAUUCAUGACAACUUAGGCCCCUCUGUUACACCUCUCUAAGUGUUGAAGUUAAUGGCAUGAAAUGGUGCCAUGAGGCACUCGCAGAGCAUGCAUGCCCUGUAUCUGUGUGUUCCUCCUCUUUCCUGCCUUGUAAGCUGAGAAAUUGGGCAGUGCUUCAUCACACUCUUAGGAGUUAUGUGAGAACAACCAAAAAUGGACAGUGUCUCCUGCAUGGAGGAUUAAAUGUUUCACUAGAAAUCUGGAAUUUUUACAUGUGGGAGGGCACAGAGUAACUGCAGAAAUAAUUCUCUUGCUCUAGAUCCUACUCCUGUGUGUUUGUUCUUAUAGAAGGAGGGCAGACGCUAUUCCAGCACCUUUGUUAGCCAGCUGCCUGGAUGGAGUCUGGCCAGGGAGAUGCAGUCAGCGAGCACGGCUCUCAGAGCACAGGUACAGUGUUCUAGGGUUGGGCUUCACGAGGUUGUUACUCUGUACCGCUUUUCCUUUCCUCCAUCUGGUGUGACAAAGUGUACAGUUUGUGGCAGUGUUAGUAGGGUUAUGUUUUGGUUAUGGAAGGAAAAUCUGCAAUUUCAUGAGAAGUUGGCUCAGUUAUCUGAGCAUCAUCCCUAAGGAAAAGAUGGGAAAGUAAAAUGGCAACAAUAACAGAGGUCCCCAAAUCUGAAGUUUUGGUGUAAAUGUUGUACAGACCAAAUAAAUUGCCCUGAACACCACUGUAUGUGGAGCAGUGGAAGGAGAUGAGGGAUAGGGUUAAGGACCUUGAAAAUUUACACCCUUCCUUCAGUGAAUGUAUGCUCAUGAUAACUAUAUACAAGUGAAGAGAUGAAUCAUUAGUCUACAAGGAACUACUUCAGUAGUAGUAUUACUGCUUCAGUUACAAAACUCAUUGAAAGAAGAGAAAAUGGUCCACUUCAUAAUCGGAGCACUGAAUCAGAUCUUUUCUUAUUGUUAGUGUAUUAAUCAUCAUUAACAAUAAGGUGUAGGACCAAAUUUUAUUUACUUGUUGCCAUGCAACCCAUUGAAACUUGGUUUUGUAUAGUUAAAGAGAAUGGGAUAGUUAUAGAAAAGAUGGAGAAGUUGGUCCAUGAACUUUUAGUUUAAGCACUGCUGAUGUGUCAGUCCAAGUAGCUGUUGCCUUCAUGUCAAACCAGUUAUCCACAGUGCUGUAGGGGAGGGGGAAUGGAAUUAAAAUUUUAAAUGUUGAAAGAGUAUAUGUUAAUUUUUUUUUAAUUCUGUAAGUGCCUUUGUUUCAGAAGUGUUUUGUGAAAUUAAAUACAGUAGAAUAUUCUGUUGUACUGAAUUUACUAGAUAAUCGGUGAUUUUACUACAUACUGUAACCUAGCUUUGUAUGUUGGUUGUUAAGUUAGUUUAAAUGUAAGUAUUCAAAAGAAAUAGCAUAAACUCUAUGCACCUUUGUAAUAAAUGCAGUGUUUGAAGUAUAUUCUAUCAAUUUUGUUUUCUUAGCCUCAAUUUGAGUAUUAUUUAGGAGUGUAUCUGCAAAGCUACAUUUUACUUCAUUGUGUUUGACAGCUAGUGUUACCAAGUGUACUUUAAGUCACCUCGUAUCAUGAAUAUCCCUUUUGGCAGUGGAGACUGAAGUCUAAUUAAAAUUACAGGUCACAACAUAAAGCAAGGACAACAUAAGCUCCUGAAUGAUACUCUGACAGUAUGCUUCAAAGCUAAUCUAAAAGGAUUGCUUCUAAGGCCUUGUCUAGCCUAAGGAGUAAAUUAAAUGCAUGAAGUUUGAAUGCAUUAGCUAACAAAUCCCAAGACAUUUGAAAAGUCUAGUGUAGACAAGAUGGUAGACUUCUUUGAAGUCUAUAAUUUGAUUAAAGUUUAAUAUCUUCUUAACAUGUAUUUUGACUUGUGUGUUAAAUAUCAUGCCUCAUUUAUCAGCUUGACCAAUUCAAUGUGUGGUAAGGGAUGUUUUCUACUCUGUGCGAAAACAUUUUUGCUGAUUUUUUUAUAUUUUCAAUAGUUGUGGAAAAAAAUGCUUUUGAAAGGUUGUAUACAUGCCCCUGACUCAUUAGUCUUUCACUUGAAAAUAUUUUCUUUGAACAGGUCAAUGUUUUUCAUCAGACACAAGUAGUACUGAAUUGUUUGAGGGUGUUCAGUAUAUAAUCAUUAUUACCUUGAAUUGCCAGCUAAGUUUCCAAUGUAGGAUUUAAAAGUAAAGGGGGGUACAACACACCACAAACAAUCUGCUGCCCGCCCCAACUUGUCCUGAAAGAGUUGUUUAUCAUGGAAUAAUCGGGUAGUUUUGUAAUGUUACUUCUUGAAUUUGUUGGAGUUUCAGCUGCAGGCUGAUAAUGUGUUGCAGGUGAAACGUAGAUCAUUUCGCUUCCAAUUUUAUUUCACAUUUUCUCAACAGAAUUUCUGUUAGUUUAACUGGGGACAGCAGACAAAAUGUAUGCUCCUAAAAAUGUAAAUCUAGUAAACAAAUAUAAUUAAUGUUUGGGCUAGAAAUUACACCAGGAAAUUGCAGAGUUAUUUCUGAUGGUUUUGUUGCCACUACUUUUUAGUUCAUCUGUUUUUCUUUUCCCAUGACUCUUUAGCAGGUGCAUCUGUGCAAUAUGGCUGAAUUUGAGAAGUGACAUGCAGAGAAGCCUCCUUCUGUUCAGAGAAAAGCUGUGUGCCUUUCAUUGUCUCUGUGCACAGGUCUGAGGAACACAAGCUAGUGUUUUGUUUAAAACCUUCAGAUUUCCUUUAAUGAACACAUAGGGUUUCAAAGGUACCUUCACCCUCUAAAAUUGCAGCAAAGUGUCGUAUAUGAGAGCAAACCACUGAACUAAAAAAUUGAGAGCCUGGGGGGUAGGUGAGGAAUACUGCUGGUUAUGUUUUCGUAAU